AUGAAUGCAUCGCGUCUCCUGUUCACUCUGCUGCUCAUCGGCACGGCUUCUGCUCGAGGAAGUUCUCUGCUUCCUGUGAGCGUCAUCUCUUUGGAGAUUGUUGGCGUGUCUGCUGGAUGGUUCAGCGGGAGGCGGAGGAGGAGGAGGACUCAGACGGUAUGCGAUGAAGUUCCAAUUGAAGUGGAGGAUGGUCCCGCACAAAAGCAAUGCAAGCCCGUGACGAGGACACGGACGACCCUGAGGAAUGUGACCAAGUUCAAGAAGGGGAUGAAGAACGUUACCAACUUUGAGAAGGCCAUCAGAUACGUCAACCGCACGGAAUGGAUCGAAUAUCGGCUUUCCCUUGAAGACUUCCUCCCCGAGGCAAGGCAGCAGAUCAUCAAGGAGAUGCGGGAGUCGCUACGAGACCGUAGUUCCGCAAGCCAGAGCACGAAGGUGGAGGUUCCUUUCAACUCUUCCGAAGACGGUGCUGAGGCGAUCGUCACUUGGGGACCCAGUCAGGCGGGGAAAUCCACCAUGGUGUGCCAACUCAUGAAAUCAACUACUGUUGAAUGCCCGAAUAAGGGCGAUGGCAGCGGUGAGUCCACAACGGACACGCCCCGGCUUUGGGACACCAUCAUCGGGUACGUCUGUGACAACCCCGGCGGCCUGGAUACCCUACUUCGCUUCAGUGCUGAGGAUGUUGCCCGCUGGGUGGCGACUGCACUGGCUGAAGCUGGCAUUCGGCGCGUGAAGUUCCUGGUCUUUGAUAGCAUGUCCAACGACCUUAUGCUAAUACGCGAGACGCUUUCCUCACUCUUCACGUCCUUCGGCACCAAUGCCAAGCACGGCACCGUCGUCGUCGCCUCCAAAGUGAACCUCGCCCCAAACAAGGCCAAGAGGAUCAAUCUCCUGCGUGAGGUCAUGGAAAACCAGGGCAUCAAGGAGCUGGUAGAAUGGCAUGGCCCGGACUUGCAUCAGCAAAGCCUGGAGGACCUACGUGCGUCGCUGGGGCGUGUGCCCAGCAUUCCCAUCGCGGCCCUGGACGAUCUAUGGGAGCGGCAGGAGCGCCGUGCGAAGGAGCUUUUCGACGAUCAGCUGCCGAGAUGGGAGCAGGUGGAAAUGGAGUUUGCAGAGGACUACCUCGAGAACCAAACAGUGGAAGAGCCUUAUGAGAUUCCGUACACAGAGGAGGAGCCUUAUGAGGAGAAGUACGUCGGCAACAGCGGGCGACAGCCCACUGCAGUGAUGGUGUGGCAGAUGAGGCACGUUGGUGACGUCCGACGUGACAGCCUUGCCCUCUCUUGGCUGGCUAUCACGCGACGUUGUGCAAGAGCAAGCCUUGCCAAAGAAUUGUCAACGCAGCGAUGGCCUUUCGCUUAUGUCGAGGCCGACCCUAUGUAUUUGGUCGACCGUGUCCUCCACAGGCAGGCAGGACACGACGUAUGCCAAACAGGCUCGGCGCUCACCAGUGACGUUGACGACAGAGCAAGAGCCAUUGACACGAUCCUGAAGGAAGGCGUCGUGAUUGAUGGUGAAGUCAGAAAGCUUGACCCGGCUUGGCAGAGUCCUCUUGUUGAGCGUGACAUCAGGCGCACGCCGGGCCAGACCCAGAGCCGAAGGUCCGGAGACAAUGGCCGCAAGGAGGCAGUUAUCUCAUUGUUUCAGGUGUCUCGCGUUUCUGCGAGAGGACUGCAGGGCUCCGGGAAGGAGUUCGUCCACGGCGAGCAGAACUACGGGGUGCAGCUUCUGGACGACUACGUGGCGCAGCAGAGCCGACACGUGGCCGCGAAGGACGCGGCCUCGCCACACCACGCGAGGACUGGCGGGAAGCGGCUGGCCUGGGCUAGCAAAGUGCCUGAGCACUUUUUGUUGGCAGACGACUUCAUCAAACCCUUCCGUGAUAUGGAGGGGGCUCCAGUCUCCGAGAGCCAAAGCCCACCCAUGGAAAGUGGUCAUUUCACAGGAGCUAUCCUUGCAGAGGUCAGCGCCUAUCGCCAUCGGGAACAUAGCGGCUGGACUGCUGCUGACAUCCGCCACUGGAGCGCAGUCCUCCUCGCAGGACCGGUUGACUGCCCACGGAACCUGAUGCUCAAAGACCACAGCGGCCAGUAUCCCGACGAGUUCCACAUCUAUCACGAUGGUGAGCAGAUCUGUGCACGGCGGACUGACACGGACGCCGGCUGGGGCAUCAACGUGGCAGUGGUGUGCGGGGCUUACGAUCGCGAA